AUGGGUCCAAUGACUGACUGGACCGACCAAUGGUCCAAAACCAUUGCUAAGGCACGCACUCGUUGUUCAAACGAUGGUAGCAAACGCAGUACCACUGAGAAAGCAAAAAGCAAGAAGCAUCUGAAUGUAGAUGCUAGAGUACUUACUAUCGAGAAGAUGCAGAAGAUGGAAGUUGAAAAUAUCAACCAGAUGUUGUUGGUACUGUCUCUCACAAUGGCAGGUGAUAUAUUAAAUGUGUUCUCGAUUGUGGAUCCUACAUUUCGCCCUAUACAGGAAGCAAUCACAUCGUCUCAGGUGUAA